CUCGGACGAGUGGUGCAGAUCCUACCCUUGACAUUGGGAUCUUUGGGGGCAAGGAUCCCGGUUUUUUCAUCCCCCGUGAUCUUUUGGGGGCCACACCAACAAAACCUGGGAAGGGUAACAAGGGGUGUUUUUUUAUUGGCCCCGGUUUUGAGCGUCCACAGCCGAGCUCCGCCACCGUUGAUAUUUGGGAUGAUCUAAAAGCAAAAGAUAGGAUCAAAAGAUCAUGAGCAACAUCUUUAUUCAUGAGUGAAAACGCCCUAACUUUCACUUGCUUUCCCGCAAACCUAUCUCGAAUGUGUAGAACUUGAAGUCUUACCCGUACAAGUACAACCCGCUUCGAUGACAACUGGCUCCGCUCUUGGCGAACAGUUCGACUCUGUAAAAGGGUCGCAAUGCGGGUUUUCGUUUGCAAAAGCAGAACGCGCGCUGUCGAGCGGACGCGGACCGAGUCAGCAGGCUGGUCCGGGAGCCGCACCCGCUUCCGCAGUCGUUCCUCGCAUGAACCACGAAUCGCCCAUGUUGCGGCACCGGGCCGCCGGCGGUGCUGACGGCCAGAAUACUAGUACCACGCUGGCAAUACGAACGAAAACCAGCCCGCCACAAGCACGACAGAACAAUUGCAGUUUAAUAGCUGUGUCGUCCACUGCUCGGAGAAGUCGGACGCAUGAUAACUGCUCCAAAAUCCUAAAACCAGCAUUGCAACAUCAGUCUCCAGCCUAUCUCCAGGGUUCCGCGGGGUACACUUUCCCGAAACAGGACCUGUCGCUGGUGCAGAAUGGGUACAAAAAUACGACGUUGCUGGAGCAAACGGUAGUUGAUCCCUGGAUUUUCACGGAACUGUGGAGUAACGCGCACCACGUUGCCGAGAAGUUGAAGUAUAACAGUACCAAGCUUGCGGUUUUCGACACCGCAGGCAGUUCCAACGCCGACCCCCGACCCUCCGGUGGGUCCCUCCAAAAGGAUAGCAGAGCGGCGAACCCGGGGCCGUGCUGCUACGUGUUACCGAAUCCGGAAGUGUCGAGCAGGUUCCGGAACAGCGCAAAGGUGUCGAUCGGAGGGCUAUCCAGUCAGCUCGCGGGGUUAAGGGAGAAAAUCACCAGGAAAUGGCGGAAGAGAGGGGCGCGGAAUGGAUUUGGAAAUAAUAACGGGGGAGGACUUGGAUUUGGGAUGGAAAAUUUCGACGCUGAGGAUGUUUUCAAAGAAGAUCCGUACGUUUCCGCGAAUAGCAAGUUGAAGAACCGUAUCAAGUGUAAAAAUGUCUGGGUCUGGAAGAAUGCAACUUGUGAUGCUGCAUUUGGAGUCCAGAAAAAUCUGUAUUGCAUGAGUACCAAAAGGAAUGCAAUUUUUGCUACGCGGAGAGGGCAUUUGUCAUGCGGAAUAGGCAUCAAGAAGCUCUCAAAAAAUCUGUGAUGCUAGGGCAUGCAUCACAGACAUCAGGGCUCAUGCAAAACGUGCAUGACAAGUGUCAGAAUCUUCCAGACCCAGACAUUUUUACAGUUGAUAAACCGCCCAGCGUACUCCUUUCCACAAACCAGACGGGGAUACAUGUCCGACCGCCAAGCAGCGGUACUAGAAUUAUAGCGAAGAGGAGUUGUGAUAAUUUGUCAUCCUGUGUGGUUUUUCUUUUAUCGUCCUGCUUGCUGCAGCUGCAUCUAUAAAGCAGAAGCGCAGGCUCGCAUUAUAAGUUGUACAGAAAUACAAUUCACUAUGAUGCCAAGCACAAAAAACAAUGAAAAUGAAAUUCAUCAGGCCCAGCGCGGAGUCAUGGUUUCUGAUGCAGUGCAGCCGAUGGACCUUCGACCAAAAAGAAUUCGGCCGUCAAAAUUCGGCUUUGGGCGAGUCACUCGGGAGGCCGCUGCCCGGACGGGCAUGGUGCGUGGGGGCGGCGAUAGGGCGAUGCCCCCUCCACGGCUGCAGCACCCUGUUUUGCCUGUACGAAGCGAAAUUGUACGAUUCUCGUAAAGAGAUUGAUGAAUAAAGUAGGUGGCUAUAUGUAAAUUGAUUUUGUCCGCCUGAUUGUAGGAUUUCCAUGAUGAUGAUGUCGAGCGGUCCUGUUGCUGCUGCUGCAAUCUACAUGUUGGCGUUUCCCGUCGCUUUUCUCAU